UCUUUGAAGAAGAAGGGCUGUGCCUUGAAGAUCCCCCUGAUAUUAACAUCUGGAAACGACGAUAGCGCAAACGAGCUAAUACGAACCAUCUUCUAUUGUUAUUCAUAAAAAGAAAUCUAAUAGCCACAUAUCUCAUUGGUCAUUGCAAGAGGCUAAGGCCCUCGACUCCCAGCGCCAUUCCCGAGGCAGUUGUGUAGUACAUCAUCAUGUACUCACAACAGGCGGCAAUGGCGGCAGCAGCUCCCCAAAAGCCCGAGACUUUCAUGCUGAGCACCGAAGCUCAGCAAGCCCUACCACACGAUGCGCAAGUGGCAUUGCAGCAAGUCGAUAAUCUGAAAUACUUCCUUAUCUCGGCACCAGUAGACUGGCAACCCGAUCAGUACAUUAGGCGAUUCCUAUUGCCCACAGGCGAAUAUGUUUCUUGCGUGCUAUGGAAUAACUUAUUCCACAUUUCCGGUACUGAUAUUGUGCGAUGCCUUUCAUUUCGAUUCCAGGCCUUUGGCCGACCCGUCAAGAACUCUAAGAAGUUCGAGGAGGGUAUUUUCUCCGACCUUCGAAAUCUGAAGUCUGGAACGGAUGCUUCGCUAGAGGAGCCCAAGAGCCCCUUUUUAGACUUCCUCUACAAGAACAAUUGCAUUCGAACGCAGAAGAAGCAGAAGGUCUUCUAUUGGUAUAGCGUACCGCAUGACCGCCUUUUCCUCGAUGCUCUGGAAAGAGAUUUGAAGAGGGAGAAGAUGGGUCAGGAGGCUACUACCAUGGCUGUUAGCGAACCCGCGCUAUCAUUCCAGUACGACUCUUCGCAAUCCCUUUACGAACAGCUAACGAAGGCGCAACAAGCCAACUCUUCGUCUUUCAACGCCCAACAAGUUUCUUUUUCUCAGUCGCAAGCCCCAUCCCCGGUGAUGAGGGCAAUGGAUCCCAUGCCACCCCCGCAAAUGAUGCCUCAGUCGAUGGCCCCUUUAGCGGAUGGGAUGGACGCCAUGGUACCAUACAGCACGAUGGCGACAAUGGCUCCGGCUAUGCCCCAGCAGGUCCAACACGUGGUUAAGAGGGAACCCGAUUUCAGCCGUAUGCAGUACAACCAGAAUGGUGUGCCUAUGUCUCAUAGCCACCAGCGUCACGCCUCCAUGCCGGCGUACGGUCUCGAGUACUCCCCUGCUCCCUCGUUUGUUUCGUCCCAUUACGAGGACUACAGCAACCGAGGCAUCUCUUUCGAGCCAAUUACGCCUCCCCAGCAAGCUUUAGCGAUGGGCGCCGAACCGGCUUACAUUGCUAACGAGGAGACUGGUUUGUACACGGCAAUUCCCGACCACCUAGCCGGUGUCAACGGUUUGAACGGGAUGAUGCAAUUGCCCCCCUCCAACUUAGCUGGUCCACAAUUUUCGCGUGCCUAUGGUACCAACAAUGUCUACUCUGUAAUCGAAGGAUCGCCGACAUACAAACAGAGAAGGCGGCGUUCAUCCAUCCCCCCUACAAUGUCGGCGAUCGCAGCCGCCACGGCUCAGGCUCAGGCCCAAGCAGCUGCCCAUCGACCGUCGGACUUGAGACGAUCAGUCUCGGCGUCGGUCGGCCCAGUAGCUGAAGGUGAUGAAUCCCAAGGCAACUCACCUCCUGGCCUCUCAUACAGCACUUCCACCAUAUCGCUCACCAACCAACAACAUAUGGAAAUGUCUAGACACGGUACCCCACUAUCGACGGUAGAGGGUAGCCCUGCUCUUAACCCUCUUUCUCUCCAACGACAAGACUUUUCGCAAUACGCCAAUGAGGACCUCAACGGUGACGGCUCGAUGUCCGAACACCGAGUAAUGCAGGCCGGUCCUAACGUGGUCCGCCGAGCUCGCUCAGCUACCGUCAUGGAGUUGGGUCCUUACCCGCAGAAGUCUCACUCGUGCCCGAUUCCCACGUGCGGUCGUCUCUUCAAGCGCCUCGAGCACCUGAAGCGACACGUGAGAACCCAUACACAAGAAAGACCCUACAUCUGCCCCUAUUGUAGCAAGGCAUUCUCUAGAUCCGACAACCUAGCACAACACAAGCGUACGCACGAUCGCGGUGAAGGUGCCGAAAACGGAUUGAACUUGUCCGGUGAAGACGAGGAGGAGUACUCGGGUGAGGAUCAGCUCGGCUCGCUUGAGGAGGCGUCGCCAAACUCCGAGUCGGGUUAUAUCCCAACAUCACUGAGCUCCGUCGCAACGUCGACACCCACGACCAAUGGCCUUGCCACGGGCGGGAUGACCCAGUCAUCAUUCAACCCUCUACAGACACUGAGUAUGCCCAUGACGAUGAGCCAACCAGCGGGGGCGAUGUAAUCGCAAUUCAUUUUCAAUGCGGAAUGCAUCACGAUGGGGUAUAACCAUCGAAUUUUGGCUUUUAUCUCGGGUUUAGCGGUUUGAUUUUGCAUGGCAUAUUGUGGCUAGAAUUGGGGAUUUCAUUCAUAACAGCGGGCUAGAAGAGCCCUGCUAGACAUUUAAUCGCGUUGCACGGCGAUUGCUUUUAUCAUUUCAGCACGAGGGAUACCAAAAAA